UUUUGACCUUUCACUACUCAUCUUUAUAUAAUUAGAAGGCCUGUGUCUAAAUCAAAUCAAUCUGGAGCACUGAAAGCAAAACCAGGAAUCGAGUCGAGCCAUGUUCAGAGCUUUCAGCACCAGAAAAGGCCACGGCAGAUACGAGAAGUUAGGCCAUGAGUCUGCCGCGCCUCCUGUGGAAGCCGCAGAACUGAAAAGGACUACGAGUUUGCCCGCCGGAAGGUUCGGUUCGUCUUCGGGCCCGACGCCGCAGGUAGCCUUUCCGGCCGAUCCCCAGGGGAAGCCUCCCAAGAAGGUCAACAAGAGUCACCCCCUGUUUGGUCUCUUCGACGCUCGCCGCAAGAAGAAGACCACGGCGAGGCCCGAUCUAGCCAGGUAUCUUGAAUAUGUGAAGGAGGGCGGGUCGUGGGAUGCGAACUUGGAUAAGCCCGUGAUGCAUUAUAGCUGAAAGGGGUUUGGUAGAUUUGAGAAUCUAGGAGAGCUUCAUUGAAAAGCAAGCUCCUUUUCUAUCUUCUCUGAAGGGUAAAUUCAAUGUGAAUAGUCUAGUUGAUUACCAUGACCAAGUAGGCUUUACAAAGUCAUCAUAAACAUCAGAAACACGAUAUUGCACAUGUACUUUUUCGGUUUUCUGGGAUGUAAUAGGCAGGAUCGAUUCUUGUCCUGCUAGACCCUGCCGGAUAUUUCCGAUUUGUAGUGAUUUGAGGGGCUUCAUACCCCACCUGUCUUGAUACUUCAGAUCUUAGGAAUGGGGAAGUUAUCUGUGCGGUGGAUUCAAGGUCUCUUUCAAGAAUCACGAGCUCAGGAAAUGCAGGUCCUUUGAUUUGGCAAGCCAAAAGGAGAGUAAUUUGUCUCUUGGGAUCACGGACGUUGUCCAAAAGAGAUUCACCAUGCAUGAAACUAUCUGCAGUGACUCGACAUCUCAAUCAUAUACCGUUUUCUUUCA